UUAUUUAAAGAGCUCUUGGUCACUUGAUGUAACACUGUAGCCUGCCUUUAUGUUACUGCUCCAGGAAGACGACAAUAUUAUUGUGGUUAUACAUAUGUGAUAUUCAUGUUUGAUGUUCAUUUGUUUGUCUUUCGUGUAUUCACAUUUCAGCUGAAUAGCUGACUGCUAGAAUUUGGUUUCAUGAGCGGCAAAGUUUCCAUCUAUAAUUCAUUACGAAACACAGCGGCCCACAUAUUGACCUAGGCCUCAUCUUGAUCGUCAGAGUGAUUUAUCAUAGUGUUCAGGUUGUUUUCUUUCACUUUUUUACUUUAUACUUAAGGCCAUGUUGGCCUUGAAUGGAAGAUUCAUGCUUUGAGCUCAUUUGUACUGUGGUUUACUGUAUGCCUCACUUUGACAGGCCUCUGAUGUGCUAGCAUCUAUUGAGUGACAGAACAAAAGUACUUCAGCCAUGCAGCACUUGUCCGCUAACGGUUCACUGCAUACUCGAUAUGACUCAGUGAUGACUGUGCUGUGGCUGGUAUGGCGAACUCCUUACACCCCCGAGGUUAUUUAGAAGCAGUAUGUCGCACUGCAGAAAAGUUCACUGCAACGAUUUUUUUUCAGGGGCAAAUCACUUGCUACAACAUAAUAGUCUUCCAACUUUCCUUUUUAUUAGGAGUUCAGGCAGUACUAGCAGGAAGUGCCCUAAACUGAAAUAGAAAUGUUAUCUAUAAUCUACUCAGCCUCUCAUGUAAAUAUUCUUAGAAUAAACUAGUAAAAAUGUGCUGUCCCUCCAGGGAAGAAACACUGCCAGCUUUGCUAAAGAAAACACCUACAACAUCCAAAACUAAAUAUAGCAACAGCAGUAUUAUAUUGCUGUAUUUAUUAUUAUGUUAUUAAUAGUGAAUAAUAUAUAGCUUAUUCAUAAACUCUAAGUAAAUUUGGUAAAAAAACAACAAAAAAACAAACAAAUGGUCCAAUGUUAAUAUGAAGGAAUUUUCUGUGGUGUUUUACCUGUAUUUUGAAUUAUCUUGUGGUUUACAAGGAAUUUCCGUAACCUUAAAGGGAUAGUUCACCCAAAAAUGAAAAUUCGGUCAUUAAUUUACUCACCCUCAUGUCGUUCCAAACUCAUUCAUUUGCGUAAAUUUUUUUUAACGCAAAUUAAUCGUUUGAUAAGGUUUGACCCCAACUUCUUCCCGUCAUCGCUGCACGGAAGGUUAUCUAUCAUUGUGUGAUGAGGGUACAGCGAACAGUGUUGCCAGGGUAACGGCUAUUUUGAAAAUACAGUCGGGAAAAAUUACAGAGCUGUGGGUUGCGGUUUUUUGGGCUACUUUUAUAAUGUACCAUGCCGCCCAAAGUGUAUAUAGACAAAUAAAAAUUAAAAUUGAUCCUUUUACUGAUGUGUAUUAUACUUGGAAUGUAUCCCUGGCAACUUAAGAACGGAGAGGCGGUUGUAACAUCAAACAACGUGAGUUUCAGCAGAGCAUAUGUUAAGGCUUUUACACAGCAGAAAUAAACAUGACAACAGCCACUAUAGAUUAUAUAAGAUAAUAAACACACGAUUACGAUAGGAUAUUUGUAUGUGAUUUUCUUGAGGAUUGUGUACAUCUGAAAUGCUCAUUUGUGCAGCGAUAUAAAAGGCUAUAAAUAGUAUAUUUUAACAACAGUAAACAACCAAAUUCCACAUGUGAUCGCAAAAGGAAGUUAUUACAAACACUCGAUGGUGGUUUGAAGUGAGUUCUGAGUAAAAGUGUACUAUUAAUCUCAUAAAUUGUCUUAUGUAGCAUGAUGCUAAUAUUAGCUCAGAACAGGUCCAAUUCUUCUUCAUAAUGCAUUUUGUCAUAAUACUUCACGUAAGGUUGCAAGAAAAUGUUUUGUUGUAUUUAUUUAGAAAUACUUUUGAUAAUAGUUGGGUAAAUGUAUUCUGGGAUUGAAGCGAUGUGGCUUGGUAAACGUUUUAUUGCCAGUAUAAAGGCUGAUAAUGGCUGAAUAAAAACAAAAGAAUAAUGAUAAAAGAAUAAUAAGGAUUAUGUCUCAUACCUGGCGGAAGUGUGAAAGGUUCUGUUUCCUUAAACUAGUUUGUCAUGCAUUUCUUUUAUUUCAACACAUUUACAGGUAAAUCCUAGUAUUUUUGAUUAAUUUGAUUAUUUGAUUAAUAUGACACAGUCCAUGACUGUGAUUAACGCGAUUACAUUUUUUAAUGGAUUGACAGCACUAAUAUUUAUAUAAUUAGAUAAUAUAGAUUACUAUUUAUAUUACUUGUGAAUAUACAUACAUAUAUACAUACAUAUAUAUAUAUAUAUUUUUACAUUUAAAUAUUUACUAGUACAUAAGUAUCCAGUAUAACAAAAAAGACUUUUGGAAUGUGGCUUAAUGGAUGAUUUGGCUUUUUAUUCCUUCGAGGACCAGGAAUUGUCCCAUUGGAAACAGUUAUUAGCAUUUUCUGCCCAAUGAGCUACACAGGUAAUUACUGUCGCUGCUAUUUUAACACAGACAAUAUUGUGCAAAAUAUAGAUUCUCGAUAGAUAAGCGGAUUAAUUAGCAUGACUUGUCCAGGCCUGAAAAUCACAAUUUUAUUUAAUCCCCAGUGUUUUCCCAGUUUCUAACAAUUGUGGGCACAUUGCUAUAUGAAAUUUAAGUCGUAAGACGUAACCGAGCAAUUUAUUCAAAAGAUCAAAUAAUUUGAUAUUCCUAGAUAUGCAUAAGGAAACUGAGAGGUUGUGGACUGGAUAGUUCAGUGAUCAAUCUAGCCUUUGGUUCUUAUUUCACCAUCAGUGGUUCACUUAUAAAACAACCUGGGAGCUGAACUCAGGCCAGAGCACUAGUGAAUGCAGCCUUUGUUACAGCAGCUUGUCUUCAUGGCACCCAGGUAAUCAGCACUCAGCCCUGUUUCCAGAAAUAACCGCUGGUAUCUGGGCAUUAGGUUCACAUGCUGCACCACGAGCUGAAGGAGGCGGCCUUCUGCAAGCUUUAAAGAGACACUCCACCGACUUUAAAAGCGCCAGAUAAAGAGCUUAUUAGACGGAAAACUAAAUAAAUAUAGUCUAAAUAUAGUGAAAUAUUGAUGCUAUCCACUUUGUGCUCUCAUUUAAAUUUGGAAAUAGAUUUAAGAUAGUGAGAAAAAUUCAAACAAAGGAAACACUUUCAAGUACGCAUAUCAAGUAAUUUUGUUACUCUGAUCAUGUGAUUCUUUGUACAGAAGGUCAAAUUUGAUUGCUUCUAUUGAAGCACAAAGGGCGUUUGUGCUGUUCUCAAAGCAUGCUGGAGAACAUCAGGUUUUGUUCAGCUCAAGUUACUCUCACUUGUUAUGCUAAUAAUGUCAUUUAUAAUCAAAAUGUUGCAUUACAUUGAGGACUAUAAAGAAUAUUUUACACCAGUGGUCUUAGAUCUCAGAUUACAAGGAAUUCAUUUCUAUACAAUGUCCAUUAUAAUUGGAUUUUAAUGAGAUUCAGUAAAGUUGGAGCAUGUAUAAUCUCCUGUGCCAGUCUUGGAUGCUGACGCUAGAGCUGUGGGUGCAGCAUCAUGCAAAAUAAAUAGUUUUCAGUUACCAAUGCCAUUGUGGAAAUGCCUUAUUAGCAGUCAGCCAUGAUUAGUUUAUUAUGCUAGUGAAAGUGUCCAAUAAUACAAGGGUUAAUUGAGACGACGCAAAUGUGGAAAAGUUUUUUAGGCUACUGCUAUGACUGCAGUCAUCUCAUAUAAAUCAUAUAUUUUAGUACAAUUGAUGUUAUGAGUAGGCUUAAAAAAAUGUAGUGAGAAAAAAUAUUCAUAUUAUUACUUUUGAGUAAUACAUUUAUUAAUAUUAGUGUGAUUAAAAUAUGCUAGAAAACAGACAGAAACUUUAGAGAAAAAAAUUAAAAAAAACAAAAAAAAUUUAGGUAUUCACAUGAUUUAUGCACAGUAUUUAUUUACAGUCUUCACCCUGAAUAAAGACAUACCCAGUUUGGGCCAUGAAAUAUAAUAACCCAUGCAGAUGGAAUGUGAAGCAGCGCCUCCCUGUCCGUUUUCUCCCGUUCCCUCCCACCCGUCUCCUCCCUCUCUCGUGCGCUCUGCAGAACAGCCGCAUCCCUUUGCAUCAAUCAGCAGCCAUGUUGAAGGUGAACCUACUGUUCUCCACCACCUUUCCACUUCCUCCUGAUUUCUCGUUCUCUCUUCGAUGCUCUUGUGCACUCACUCUCCGUCAGCGUCUGUAUCUCAGUUUAAUGUCUUAUCCUUAAUUAAUGUCUUAACCUAGUGGUCCGCCAUGUUGUCUUCCCCAUGUCUUCCUGUCCUUGUCUCAAAUCAACCGUUUCUGCUUGCUCAUGCACUCUCUCAUCCUCUCUUUCUCCUCGGCUGCUCGCCCUCCUUCUGUUUGAUAUUAGAAAUGUGCGAUGGAGAAGCAGACUGUGCAGCAUCUCUCUCUCUCUCUCUCUCUCUCACACCCACCCACCCACCCGCCACUACAAAGAUGCACGCAUAAAGAUGUCGCUGCAGCGGUAACGGUGCUGCUUAGACAUACCAGCAAAUGUGCAUAAACACGUACUGGACCAGAGAAAAGCAUGUUUCAUUAGGUGAGCAAGGGGCAGACGGAGAACACGAGCAUGUGUGCGCGUGUGCAUUUAAAUUCAUAAGCUUUUUUGGAGGAGUGAGGGGGGCUCAUCAGAAAUAGCACCACCCGGACCGCCAUUAUUUAUUCUACGUGAUGGAAAAUGUCAAAAGCUGCCUCGCGCCAGGUGUCGUUUUUGUUUUGACACCAGUGGUUGCGUUGCUGUAUCCACCUCGCGCGGCAUGCAAGCUCUUCUCACGUGUUAGCACGCUGAUCCGUUUUCCCCACGCUCUCUCGUUCCGGCUACUCUUUUGCAGUGGUUAAUGAAGUUGCAGUGCUUGCUAGCACGCCGCAUCUCUUUUCCGCUGCUAAUAAUGCACAGACAGCAGCAGAGCUGCCCUGCCCGACUAUUUAUAAACUCCACAGUGGGCGAAAAGACCCUGGUGGCCAGCUAGCGAGCGUACGGAAGAAACGAGACCUAUAGCGGGGUGCAGUGGAGCAGACUGAUGCCCCCUGCCACCUCUGGACUGGGCGUCUCACGCAGAGAGGGCACUGGGACUAGGGUGAACCGAAAAGAGAGAGAGUGUGUGUGAGAGAGAGAGAGAGAGCAAGCCGGAUAGACUUAUAGGAGAGACUACGAUCGCAGCAGAGAGCAGCAAGUGAUGAGUUGAAUCAAAAAAAAAAACAAAAAAAAAGCUGUAACACUUUCGCCUGCAAACGAAACAUCUCUUUCCAGCCAUCAGUGGAUUGCAGGAACAAGGAAGGCGUGAGCGAUGUUUUCCGCUCUCCGUCCACUGAAACGCUUUCUCUGAUUAACUGAAAUAAAGGUGAGCCAUCCUCAAGCGGACAAAAGGAGCAUUCUCAAUGAGUCAUCUUGUAUGGAACAUCUCACCCUUGCUCAGUCUAGACUCUCUUUGAUGACUCUUCCAGGUCAUACCAGGUAUAGCAAAGGAUGAAAUUGGUUGAUGACGGGGUUAUCUGACUAAUAAGUCUAUGUUUAGCCUGUCAGCUAAAAAAAAAAGUAUAUUUAAAAUAUUGGUGUAGAAAACAUUUAGUUUGAAGGACUGUAUUUAUGCAUAUUGUUGCUGUUCUUUAAGUGCUUUUCUUUGUUUGUUUUUUCUGUGCAGUUUCUUUGUUUUAUGCUCUUCUUUGUGCAUGUAUCUAUGUGUGCUUACCUUGUACAAAGUAUGCUUCUGUAAUCUUGAGAGCAAAAAUAAAACAACGAGAGGGAGCUCAGAUCAAGGUAGUAAGAUGUGGAGAAGACAUGAGGGUAGUAUGAGGACUGUCAUGGUAGUACGCAAACAUCCUCAGUAAUCUCUACUGGCUUCAUCUUUACCUCAUUUCCUUGCAUCACAACAACAUCAAAUGUAAGAUAUGCAUCUGUCUUUGCACUAUGUACCAUAACUUACAUGGGUCAUUAUCAAUAUUUGUGUAUAACAAUUGAAUAUAUUACAGUUUGGUUGUUGAUGUUAUGAGCUAACCACAUCUGCUAAACAAUGUAAUGUUAUACUAACAUGAUGAUGGUGAAUCAAGCAGUUUAAGAGCUGAGUCAUGCUGCCAUCUAGUGGUUUGAUAUGAUUAGAUUAGAGGCGUCUAUUAAUUCAACUUUUCUUUUCAUUCUGUGGUUUAAAAUGUCUCCUUGCUAUUCUGCUGUUUUUAUUAAUAGUUAAAUGUCAUGUUGUGGUCAAAUAUGUAUUUGUUUAACAUGGUUAAAUUUUUUUUCUAAAAACGAUUUACCCUAAUGUUGCUUCAAACCUUUAUGCAUUUCAUGGUAACACUUUAUUUUAAGGUGUCUUUGUUACACAAGUUACAUGUAUUUACUAUCAUAAUAACAGUUAAUUACCGAUAAUUGCAUGUAAUAAGUAACCCUAAACCAAACCCUAGUCCUAAACCUAACCUUAUAGUAAGUACAUGUAGUUAAUUAAUAUUACUCAGUACUUAAAGGUAUAAUUAGACUGUAACAAUGACACCUUAAAAUAAAGUGUAACCCAUUUCAUUCUUCUGUGGAACACAGUGAAGUUUCUUCUUUUGUUUCUUCUCUCUGCAGAAGGAAAAAUAUCAUACAGGUUUAGAACAACACAUCGUGAGAUGACUGUGGUCAACCCCAGCACUCUUGGUCUGGUGGACAGUUCCCACCCCCAAGCUGUCCUCAGUCAUCUUAGUGAACAACGUUCACAAGGCCUAUUCUGUGAUGUAAUAAUCGUCGUAGAGGAUGUCAAAUUCCGGGCUCACCGCAACAUACUGGCUGCCACAAGUGGAUAUUUUCGUAAUGCAUUCAAAACGCCUGAGGUCUACACAUCCAGCCAGGUGCUGGAGCUAACAGACCUGAAAUCUGAGGUCUUUGCUAGCAUCUUGAACUUCAUCUACAAUGCCAGAGUGGAGUCAAGUAGUACAGAGGACAGCAGGUCUUUGGUGGCAGCUGGAAAGCGUUUAGGAAUUCCCUUUCUAGAGAAAUUGCUAGACUCUGAAAGGCAGAGCUCUGGUCUCUUGCAAGGCCAAGCCUCUGCAGGCUGCGGAAGAUCAAACAGUCAGUCAAAGUUGGCAGACACAUGCACACUGAAAAAAGAAACCCUCAAACCUGAGGAGUUAGACUGCUCUAAAGGCCCAAGGAUCACCAAUGCUUUCUCCAUUACUGAGGUUGAGGCAGUAAACAACCCAUUUUCUACACUGGAUCACUGUAACAAAGUUACUGAGGGACUUGAGGAAGGGCAUCUUGCUUCUAGCUCCCAAGAUACAAGCAUAUCACCCACAGAGAGUGAGCCUGCCAAUGCCCUAACUGAGCACUCAUAUGCAGUGAGCCAGGGGCAAGAAUCUAAAGAGGUUAACCAGGAGAAUGAUAACAGAACCAUCAUACCUGUCUUGCCUCCAGCUAAGACUUUGGUUACCCAUAGACUUGGACCUAUAAAGAAGCGUCGUAUACAUGUUAAUGGUAUUCCGCCUCUCUCAAGUGAGCCAGUUGCAACUAUGCCCACUAUUACAAGCACAUCUGCAGUGGAAAAGGCUACUGUUGCUCCAUUAUCUUCCUCCCAGUUGUCCUCAGAUGCAGCACCAGAGAUACAUUCCAGCCUCGAUCUGUUGCCACCACUUGACAUUACACCCUCUCAGGAUGCAGAGCCACCCUGCCUCAGUCCUCAGAAUACACCCAAUGUCUCCACGUUCAGCUGCCAGCAAUGCCCUGAGACCUUUAGCGACUCAGCGCUUCUCACUAUUCACAUGCAAAUACACAAGAGAUUUGUCAGUCAUUUGUUUUGCAAGUACUGCCGUAAAAAGUUUAUGCAUCUGAAAAGAUUGCGCAAUCACGAGCAGGUUUGUGUGAAAUCUCUAAAAGGCCCAUCUGAGUUAGAGACAAAUAAUAAAGAUUCUUUGAGAGUCCCAGUCUCUAACAGUACAUCUAAUGCAAAUACCACACAACACUCUUUACCUCCACCAGAUCUCCAUAUCCCUUUAAAUUUAGAACCCACAUUGACUAGUCCCCUUGAGAUGUCUCAGGAUCAAGUUAAUGGGACCUUAAAAAAAAAUGGCACUUCAAGGACUUAUAAAUGUUCUGUAUGCAAACGGACUUAUGUGACCCUUUCCAGCCUAAAAAGACAUGAGAAUGUACACUCAUGGCAUAGAGCCUAUCCUUGCCACUACUGCAACAAAGUUUUUGCUCUGGCUGAAUACCGUACCAAGCAUGAGAUCUGGCAUACCGGGGAUCGCCGGUACCAGUGCAUUUUCUGCUUGGAGACCUUCUUGACUUAUUACAUCCUCAAGAAUCACCAGAAGACCUUUCAUGGCAUUGAUCCACAGCUGGCUGUCAAUAAAAAAUCAGCAAAUGGUGGAUUCAAGGGUAGUGUCUACCCCAUAAAGCUUUACAGGCUUCUCCCAAUGAAGUUUAGAAAGAAACGUUACAAGUCAUACAGUCAUACGUACUCUGAAGGGAUCGAGGGCGAUGAUGAGUCCUGCAGUGCACCUCUGGGCAGCUGUUCCCCCAACACUCUUUUUGACAGCACAGUACCGACAACUAAUUCAGAUGUUGUUAGUGGUCAGUCCUUAUUUUCAAUGCCAGUGACAUUCAUGGCCACUCCAAAAAUGAUGGCAUCAGAAACGCCUCGCAUCAGCUUUGACAAACCGUGUGACCAGAACUUAGGAUUUCCUGUGCCAUCUGAGACAGACCAACCCCUGAAACACCUCUCUACUGAUUUCAGGAAAAAGUCUGGAUUUGAUGGAAAAGGGUCGCCGCUCUUCAGCUACAGAUUUACAGAUUCUUCAAAAGCAAUACAGAAAAACACAGGAUCCUCUCUGAUUACGCAUGGAAGUGACAGAGAUUCUCCAACAGAGAAAAACACAGAAAACAACACAGACAUUCUUCCGUUCCUCAACAUACCAUCUGUGUGCUCCUUCGAAGGGUUGAGCAAGCUGAGUGAACUGUCAGCAGCAGCACAAACCAUUGAGGACAUGGCUAAUCAGCUGCUGCAAGCGAGACCUGAGAGCAUAACAGCGGAUCAACCGCCUAGUGGAAAGACAGAAACGUACAUUGCUAAGCCUGCAUGUCCAGGCCCAUCAAUUGACAACCAAGUCCUUCCCCUCUGCCAGAUAACUGUGAAAAUUGGCAACGAGGCAAUUGUUCGAAGAAAAAUAAAAGGCUCAAAGCUGUUUCCAAAGAAGAGGAAAAGGAAAAGCUGGAGACAAGAGGGCAUAGGUCAAAGAAGCCCUGCAGAGGAGAGUAUUGGAAGUCCAAGUUUGAGGGUGAGGGCAGAAGUCACAACCUCAGUUACAGAAAAAGAAACAUAUGAUGACCCAAAUGAUCCUGAAACCGACAAACUAUGGCGUCCCUAUUACACAUAUAAACCUAAAAAGAAGAGUAAGAAACUGAAAGGAAAACGAACAAGGAUGAAACAUCUGAGAUGCUACACUAGGCCCUUGUCACCUGAAGCCAAUGAAGAGUUCAGAGAAACACCGUUCUGUCCAGACGAGAGGAUCUCAGCAGACAACUAUGGGGCCAGGAGGGAGCCAAGGCAUAGCAGCCAAAAGGAAGCUUUCCCCUGCCACAGCUGUGAGAGCUCUUUCGCUAGCCAGACCUCCCUCAGCAUGCACAUCAUCAGCUGCCAUCAGCCACACUGCAGAAUAUGUGGUAAACAAUGUCCCCCUGAAGACACAUCCAGCACAGCUGGGCCCACUGGAGAGGAUAGUGGUGACUUUAUCUGCAAGAGCUGCACUGAGGAUGGCUCCUGUUUCAGCUCAGAUGUGACGUCCCCUAGCCUGAGCAUGGAAAAGCGCUAUAGAUGUUCUUACUGCCCACAGCGAUUCCUUUACCUUGCCACCAAGAAAAGUCAUGAGAAAAAACAUCUAGAAAAGUCAGGUAAAGGGCACAAUUGCAGGUAUUGCUCAAAGGUAUGUAAAUCAGCAGUGCUGUUGAGUGUGCACGAGAGCAAGCACUUCAAGGCAGAAGAUGGAGAAGAUCCAAACAUGACAAGUAAAAUAACCAGUUCACUUUCUACAGGUAAAGAGCGCAAAGGACAGAUCAAACCCGAGCCCUGGGAAAGCAUGUAUACCAGCUCAGAGAUAAAGCCAAAGAUAGCGGAACCUAUGGACAUAGAAACUGAGGGGAAUUAUCCUACAAUCGACAGUGUCUUCAAGAAAACAUCUUUGUCAUUUCCUUAUGCGGCAGAUAGGUCUUUUAGUCCCCUUUCCCCAGAAAUAAAGAGGAAGACGUCCAAGAAAAAAAGCAUUUUGGACCGUUCUAAAGGAUUUGGAUUUGAGGGGCACAGACAGGACUCUGUGAUAUGGGGACAACAGGAUUGACCUCCCAACACAGAUACAACCAAGUAAAGUGCUGACUCUGUGCAAUCCGUCAGCCAAGAAUGCCUGUAACCAAAGGAACUUCCCAACAGCCUACAGUUGCUCAAGUCAGAACAGCACUUCUGCAAAGAGGAACCUUGUUUUCACACCCACGACAGGAAGGAAAUGCAUCUCCUGCUGAUGUCACAUAGAACAAUGACAUAAGUGACAGGGCAGGCGUUACAACGUUUGAAAAAUGGAGAAAAAACGCACAUGAAAGUAUGAGGACGUUGGCGUAGUGACUUUGCAUUCAAGAGGACUUGUGAGAUGUAAAUAUAGAGUAUUUUUGGUCGUUCACAUGAAAUAAUAUUGGUAGUUUUCCAUGUUUUUCUAUGAGAAAAGAAGUGGUUUUAUUUUUAUACGUUUUUAUUUGUCUAAGUCAAGUGGAUCUUCCCUAUUCCAUUGCUCAUUGUGUUGUACUCUAUGCAUCAAGUGAAGUGAACGACUAGCAGCACCUUACAGUAAAGAUAACUGCGAGUGAUUGUACUUUCAUUGUAACAUAACACCAAUACCACCAUUUCAAUCUGUUUGUUGCACAAAAAUGCAUUAAUAACUAAUUAUACUGAUAAAUGCUAAAAAUGAUUUUCCAGAAUAUACCAAAUGUUUUACUUUUCAUUUAUAAAAUUACAUAAUUUUGUGAAAUACUUACAACAAAUCAUGAAAUAAAAAAAAAUACAGUAACAAAAAUAACACACAACACAAGUCAUGUUAUUAAGUAUAUCACAAUGUUUUGUUAAAAUUGUUGUAAUAUAGUAAAAUGUAAUAAUGUUAGCCACAGUUAUGGACUUAUUAAAUGUGGACAUAUUAAAUUGAACACAAAUGAAAACAAGGCUGCAAAAGACCGACAGACAGUCCAUGCAAUAGGAUGUAUUCACAGACUAUUUAAAAUGACACUUUACAUAUUACAAAUAGGUCAUUUAUUUUUUGCACAGUAUGACACGGUUGCCUUGUUUUCAUUUGUGGCACAUUAAAAACUG